CUUUGUGAAGCGUGGCAGUCAGGUACAGUGAGUGUAUUCAAAGUGAAACAUUUAUAAAAGUCAAUAAUCCUCGACACAUCAGUGUGAUCUGAUUUGUUGGAGAGACGUCCGAAACCUUAUGUACAGGUUUAGCAGUCGAUGGCAAUGAAUCUGCCAAGAUGACACAAUUAGAUGAUGUACCAGGGGAGACAACCACUACACUUGUACCAAGUGUAGACAACUCUAGUGAUGACGGGGGAGGUGGAGAUCUACCACUACCGCCGGUAGACGACUCUUCAUCGGUGACAGGUACCAUCGCCGCGGUAACCGUUGCCGUGUUGGCUUGUGUGUUGCUAUUGACGAUGGUUAUGAUUUGUCGUGCGCUGCGUAAACGUCGAAGAGCUAGACAAGGGGAGAGAAUUGAUGACAUUCCAACUAUAUCAACCGGCAUAAUGGGGACAGGUGUAGCAGCUUACAGCAACAUCCGAGUGAAUGGCAACAUCACGUGGGAACCAGUGAACAACGCAAACCAUCAGGCUACAGCCUCAUCAUCUACAGCAUCAUCAUCACAUCAAAAUCAGAUUUCCAGAAAUAACCAGAGAGGGAGACGACCACGGCAUUCACGUUCUUCUAGAAGUUAACCUCUCUAACCUCACUGUUAUACGUGAGACUGACUACAUUGCCAUUAUUCUCGGUUAACCUCACUGUUACCUGUGUGACAACUGGACUACAUUGCCUACACUCUGAGAAAUUAGCCUCUCUAAACUCAUUGUUAUGAGUGAAACAACCGCUCUACAUUGCCAUCAUGCCAGAAGUUAACCUCUGUAUCCUCACCAUUAUAUGUUGUGUUAAUGUAAGGUGACAAAUUGGGUGCUUCUCCGUUGUGUAUAUGCUGUUUCAAGGGUCAGUGAACGGGGUGUAAGCGAAGGGGGGUUCUUAUGAAUUACCAGGGCCAUACCCUGAUCAAAAUCCUAAGGGGGCGGCACUACUUUUUAUAAACAAAUGAAACUAUACAUAUUAAACCCUGAAAUGUGUAUGUUAUUUUUUGGGGUAAAAAAAAAAAAAUGCGAUUCUCACCCCUCCUGUGGGUAAGGCCCUGAUUACCUGUGUUUAGGUUUUGCCAAAUUAACAGUCACUAUUUAUUUGGUGAUUUGAUAUCUAUUUAAUAAGAAAAGCUGAACUCGGUUAGAAAAGUUGACAGUAGUAUAUCAUUCCAACAUAAGAGUCACUUCGUUUUUUUUUGCAUUUCAAAUCAAGUCUAAUCUACUUUGUAAAAUGUAUUUUUUUAUUAGUUAUUUACUGUUAGAUCUGCUGUUCUGUGUAUGUAAACAUGUGUACAGGGUAACAACCAGCCUCAGUAGUGCAGUGGUUAAGCCAUCGGACUACAGGCUGGUAGGUACAGGGUUCGCAGCCCGGAACUGGCUCCCGCCUAGAGCGAGUUCUUAAGGGCUCAAUGGGUAGAUGUAAGGUCACUACACCCU